UGUGCAAUUUUCGCUGAAAAUCCGUCGAAUUGGCAUCUGAAGUGUGUUACUUAUCGGUUCGGUUUGUGUGAUCAUGUAGAAUAGUGGUAGCGGUUAGUGCUGUCUGCCGUGGACCUCGAAUCAUAAAAGGUGCUUCCGUACGCUCGAGAUUGAUCACAUCACCGCCAGAAACCAGACCCAUCCCAACCCUGGCCAACGGGGAGAUCACACGAUGAUGGUGGUGUCGUCGAUCGUCCGGAUGAAGAAGGCAUUGCGCGUCGUCACCUGGUAGGGUUCGGUAGCGAAUUGGCCUCAUCAACCGAGGGCUGGAAGGAAAGGACGUUCGAUAAUCGCCCGCAUUUCUAGGAAGAAUAAAGAUAUUAGGUGAUAGUGCGAUUCGCUGCACAACUCAGUCAGUGUCAGAUAAGAUAGCGAUCGCCCCACGGUUCCAGUGGUGGUGCUGAUAGAUAGAGAGAGAAAAGUGUUGGAUGAUAACGACCAGACCGGAUUUGUGUGUCAAACAGGCCAGUUUGCUGCCUGGCAGUGAAUCAGUGUCGGAAAUUUAACGGAAAUCGCGAACUGCUGAAGGUUGUGGAAUUGUAGUUGCUCGUGGUAAAACUGCCAGGAAUGCGAACGGAUAGACGUGCGACCAAUAGUGUCUUUCGAACGCUGUACGGAGGGGGAUCGGCACAUGGCGAGGAAUUGUUCGGCCAGCGGCUGGCCCGCAGCUGCAAAGACAGCCUCGAGUUCAUUCAGCGGAUGGACCUCUGGAAAACCCUGAAGGUGCACAAGGGAUGCGUGAACACUGUUUUCUGGAGCGACGAUGGCCAGCUGCUGCUGUCCGGUUCGGACGAUCAGCACAUCGUCAUCAGCAGCCCUUUCACCGGGCAGACGCUGUUCCAGCACAAGACUACCCAUCGGGCAAACAUCUUCAGCGCCCGGUUCCUACCGCAGAGCGGUAAUCGGGAAAUUGUGUCCUGCUCCGGUGAUGGCAUCGUGUUGUACACGGAACUGAAGGACGUCGCCUUGGAACCGGCCGAAGCGCACGAACGUAACUUGAACUACUUCAACUGUCACAGCAAUGGGACGACGUACGAAGUCCUGACAGUCCCGACGGAACCCAAGUCAUUCAUGAGUUGCGGAGAGGACGGAACGGUGCGGCUGUUUGACCUCCGCAAGAUGACUCGUUGUCUGAAGACGUGCUGUAAGGAUAACAUCCUUAUUUUGAGCCCUUCGGCAGUGACGGCCAUGACUCUGUCGCCGAUUUCGAUGAACUACAUUGCACUGGGUAGUUCCGAUAGCCACGUGCGCAUUUACGACAGAAGGUUCCUUAAGAUGGUGGAUUGUAAUUCGCCCGGGUCUCCUAACGAUCGGCAUACCGUUCCGGUCAAGAUGUUCACCAAUCCGUCGAUGGAGAAGCGAUCGUUCCGCGUGACUUCGAUCGCCUACAGUCAGGACGAGAGUGAGCUGCUGGUCAACUACUCGUCCGACCAUUUGUACCUGUUUGAUGUGACGAAGGAGGGAAUAGAAGUGUCGGCGGCGCAGGCUUCGAGCAGUGCGGAGAAGGGAAAGCGUGGUUCGAAAACGCAACACAGUAUCGACAGUCCACCGCCGGUGCGUCGGUUGCGUUUGCGUGGCGAUUGGUCCGAUACCGGGCCGGAGGCACGUCCGGCUCGCGAAAUGGCAUCACGGGUAUUCGGGGCCGGCCAGGCUCGACCACAACUGCAGGCUACGAUCAUGCAUCGUAUGACCGAGGUUCUGUCACGAAUGUUGGCCGACCCCAGGACACGAAUCGGACUAACGCACACGAACGAGCUGACCAACGAUAGCGAUCUGGCGAACGUUGUGGACGACUUUCGGAGUUUUGCUAGCAGUAGUAGUAGUAGUGGGGGUGUGGGAGGGGGUGAUGAGGAAGGGGGACGGGAAGGUUCGGGAGAACCACAACCUUCAACGAGUGGUGCUCGGCCGAGGACGCCAAGGCAGUCCGAAGGUGACGCGACACGGGUUGGAAACGGCAGGGAAAGAGACGAGGACGAAGAUGAUGACGACGAUGAUGACUACGAUGACGAAAACGGGGGAACAAACAAAUCAAACCAAAGAAACAAGGCGGGUAGCCGAGAAGAUUCCGAGUACGAGGCGGAAUUGAAGGCACUGAAAGAUCUCGAAGCGAAAGCUAGUAACUACGAUUACGUAAUCCGGAAGUUUGUGGGUCAUCGUAAUGCACGGACGAUGAUAAAGGAGGCCACAUUCUGGGGCAACGACUACAUCAUGUCCGGCUCGGACUGCGGGCACGUGUUCACCUGGGAGCGGGCAACCGGCCGGCUGGUGAUGCUCAUGGAGGCCGAUCAGCACGUGGUGAACUGCGUGCAGCCGCAUCCGACGUUGCCCCUGCUGGCCACGUCCGGCAUCGAUUACGAUAUCAAAGUUUGGUCACCCAUGGACACGGAGAAAGUCCGGUUCGAUCAGGAUACUGCCAAUGAUCUCAUGGAACGCAACGCGGUAAUGCUAGAGGAAACCAAAGAUACUAUUACGGUGCCGGCUUCGUUCAUGAUCCGAAUGUUGGCGUGUAUUCACUCGCUGCGGAAUCGUCGGGGGCCGGCUGGUCCGGCAGCGUCCGCCGCCGCCGCCGCCAGCAAUGGCAACGGAAGCACUGGCAAUAGCAAUAACGAUAAUAACGAUAACAAUAACAGUGGCAACGAUCGAGGGGAAAGUUCCGGCGGUGGAGACCGCAGCGGAAGUUCCGAGCACUUCCUGUAAGCUGAAAAAAAGGGUAAGUAAGUGCGAAACGGUUAUUGUGUGCUCUAUUCCAAGCAACUGCAAACAUUAACAAACACCUUUAUUACGUUUUGAGCUACGAUCAACUUAACAACUGACAUUAUCAACAAACAAGCAAGAUGUGAUUUUCUGUUGUACUUCUAAUACUGACUAUAACUGUAAUUAUUUGAAGAAGCAUU